AUGAAAUGCAUAUUAGGAUUAAUGAUUUUAAACAUGAUGGUGAAAUGUAAUUAUAAAUCAUUAUAAGAUUAUAAUUGGAUUCAUAGGUGCUAAGCUUAAUACCUAUUGUGUUGUUUAAUUAUUGAGGAUUAUAAUCCAAUGCCUAGGACAAAUAAAGAAUUUAGAAUAUUUUUAAAGAAAUUAGCUAUGGAACUCCUUAAUUGA